AUGGUAUGCGGCAUCGCCGCCACCGGGCAACUCCCCGUCCGGUCAUCCCGCUUCAACAGAACAACCAACGGGUCUCUGAGCCGCAAACGCAUCCCUCCUUCAAUGCGAACGAUCAACGCCGAUUUCAAACCUAAGGAGGCCGCUAGCAAGCAGGCGAUGGAUGAAGGCAGAGUCACGGCCGAAAUCGAGUCGCUCGGAUUCUUCGCCCAGGUGGAAGACCACGACGCUGUUGCUAAUACAAUUGGGAUCACGGCCGUCAUGGUCCAGGAUAUAUCCGGCGAGAAGAUCAACAACUGCCCGUUUGACAUUAGCUGA